AUGUUUGGAAGGAGCUGAUAAAAUUACCGUGAGGCAAAUAAAUUUGGAUACUCGUAGUUUAGUAAGUUCUAGAUUACUUAAUAAAGCCAAAGAGAUGGUCGUUGGUAACACCUAUAACAACAACGAUACUGAUAAGUUAGAAAAAAAGCAUGUGAUUAGUCAAAAAUUUUUAGAUUUGUUAAAAAUAUUGUAA